ACACGUGCAGUCAAUUAAUCACCUCACAUAAAAUUCAUCACUUUAAUUUAGCAACUUAGCGUUUUUUUCCUGGUAGCAUGCCAUUUAAUACAACACAGCAAACAUGGUUAAAAAACCACUGAAAUGUUAGAAAAACAUGUACAGUUUUACCCCCUCACCUCUAUUAAGCUUGUUAUGAGAACGCACAGCAUGUUAGAGCCAUUUCUAGCUCGAUUUUAUAAUAUCCCAUUUUUUUGGAGGAUCACUUGAAUGCAUCACCUGCAUCUCAGGUCCUCUCAUUAAAGGCAGGUGUGUGAAAUUAGUUAACAGUGAAGAAGCUGAAGAGGAUUCAGUCUUCAACCCCCAAAUCCCAGUUUUAUUGGUUUGUAAAUAGUUUUUUUUUCUCCACCUGAUUUUAACUUUUUCAUUUUUGAAAAGGCCUGUUUUAUUUUACAGUAUUUUGAUUUUGUUUGAAUGUGCCAGUCAGACAACUCUCCAAGCAUCCUGCAAACAACCGACAUCUGAAGAACCCAGGAUCAUCAAGCAAAAACAGAGUGUAUCCUCUCUGGUUUGAUGUCUCAAAGUGGGAAAAAGGUUCUUCACAUUGACGAGCAUCCUUACUAUGGAGGAGAGAGUGCAUCCAUCUCUCCCCUUGAGGAGCUGUACAAGAAGUUUAAGGUUCCAGGUGGCCCCGCUAAGUCUAUGGGUCGUGGAAAAGAGUGGAACAUCGACCUCAUCCCCAAAUUUUUUCUUGCCAAUGGUGAGUUGGUGAAAAUUUUGGUGCACACUGAGGUUACUCGAUAUGUGGACUUUAAAGUCGUUGAAGGCAGCUAUGUUUAUAAAGCAGGCAAAGUGCACAAAGUCCCCGGCUCAGAGGAGGAGGCCCAUACUUCAGAUCUGAUGGGCAUGUUUGACAAGAGACGGUUCAGGAAGCUGCUGCUCUUUGCCCAGAACUUUGACGUGAGAGACCCACGGACCUACCAGGACGUAGAUCCUAACAAAAUGACCACACGAGACCUCUUCUGCCGCUUUGACCUGGGACUAGAUGUCAUGGAGUUCACUGGUCAUGCCAUAGCCUUACACAACAGCGAGAGUUACCUGGACCAGCCGUGUGGGGAAACCAUCAGACGGAUCAGGCUGUACUCUGACUCUUUGUCCCGCGCCACCAGCAGUCCUUACCUCUACCCUGUGUAUGGACUGGGAGAACUACCACAGGGGUUUGCCAGACUGAGUGCAGAGUACGGAGGAACUUUCCUCCUGAACAGAGCCGUGGAUGAGCUUGUGAUGGACAACGGCAAAGUAAAAGCUGUGAAAUCUGAGGGGAAGCUGUUCCACUGUAAACAGCUCAUCUGCGACCCCAGCUACGUUCCUAAUCGAGUGAGGAAAGUGGGGCGUGUGAUAAGAGUCAUCUGUUUAUUAAAUCAUCCGGUUAAAAACACCCACGAGGCCAGCUCCUGUCAAAUCAUCAUCCCUCAAACACAACUCCACAGGAAAUCUGACAUUUACAUAUCUGUAGUGUCCUACACCCACAAUGUGGCCUCAGACGGGAUGUACAUCGCCACAGUCAGCACGACUGCAGAAACCAGCAACCCAGAGAAAGAAGUUCAGCCAGGACUGGUCCUCCUGGAGCCCAUCAUGCAGAAAUUUGUUUCAGUCAGUAAAAUUCUGGUUCCCAAUGAAGAUGGAAAAAAGAGUCAGAUAUUUGUGUCCCGCUCAUACGAUGCAUUAAACCACUUUGAGGCUGAAUGUGAGGACAUCAAAGACAUGUACCGCCGGAUCACAGGAGCAGAGCUCUGCUUUGGAGGACCACAGAGACACCGGUCUCACAACUCUGAUGAGGACUAAGAAACAUCAGGACCAAAUUAUUCAACAGCUGGGAGGCCAUGUUGACGUUACGGGUGAUUAUAUUGCAGCAAAGCUGUAAAGCAGAGGGUGUGUUAUGUAGCAUGUGAGGUGAAUUGUGAGUGCACGAUGUAAAUGUUAGAGAUCUAAUUUGUUUUAAAUAAUUUCUUUUGUGACAUGAUGUUGCUGAGGCACAGUUAGGAAAACAUUUUUUUUCU